CCGCCGGCCAGCGAGCGAGCGGUCUCCUUCCAGGCUCCAAUUUCUCACGAAGGAAGUUACCAGAAGGCCUGGCUAACUGGAAAGACAGCCCGGCCCGGGUUGAAGGGUAGAAAGCAAGUCAUUGUCACGGCUACCAGGUGUCCCUCUUCCCCAGAUAGUCAGGGGUCAGGGAACACAUGAGGAUGCAGGGGACUGAUGGCAGCUCUGCCUUCGUCCUGGGAGCCAGGGCCACCAAGGCCGUGGAGAUGGUGCAGAAAGUGCCAACAGCCUCAACAGGACAGGGCCUCUCCUGCAGGUGCCCUGGGACCCUAUGUGACAAAGGAGGAAGUAUGUCACUCAUUACUGUGAUAGGGAAAGGCACGGACAUUUCCUGACUGGACUCACUGAGUCCUGUGGCCACUGCACUCCCACACACACUGCAGAGGAGAGGAGACGGCUGUGGUGACAGAGGACAGUUCAUCCACGAUGGCCACUUUGCUAUCAGGACCUUGUAGAAGGAGGGCCUCCCGGCGACAGUGUCAGAACAAUAAGCCAAGAGCAGCGAUUUCAGAAGGAUUGACGGUGAAUGAAAACAAAUGCAAGGUCUCAAAACUGACAUAUAAAAAAAGUACACAGAGAAGCUUCCUAGCUUCUGAAGCUUAUCAGUCCUUCAGCGAGUGUAAGCUGCCGAUAAACUCCACAGCCCUUCCCACUCUGCAUCUGUCGGGGCCAGUGUAAAGACACCCUGCACUGCUCUCGAACCUGGGGCUGUGGCUGCACCAGCACACCAAACACCAAGGGAAUUCUAAACAGAGGCAGCUCCCCAGCACUGAAUCGCCCGGCCGAGGCACCGGCCAGGGCAGAGCAGCCCCGCCACGCACGGGGUCUGCAUGGGGUCUUAGGCUCACGCCUGCGCUCCCAGGAUGGUCCUCUUAAAUCCCCGAUGGGGCACAGCGCGGGCAUGGGGAAGUGUGUGGGAGCCUCCCUGCCCCCAUCGUGAUCUCCAUCCUAUGCCUGCCCUGCCCCAUGCUGAGCCUGCAGAGAGCUCUGUGUCGCUGGUCUGCAGCAAGAGUGGCCAGCAUCUCCAUGGCAGAGUCCCGGGGAGGUCCAGCUAUUCUGUCCUUAGCUGCUACAGACAAAUGCCUGCUCGUUUAUUUCCUUCAGGGACAAGGGAACUUGCAAGAGAACUCAGCCACGCUGAACCUGGCACCUCUGUGCAGGAUGCUGUGGGGCUGGGGGGAAAUUCGUUACAGCUGACUGUGAGCCAGGCCAGCCCCAGGAGCCUGGGUGUUCACCCGGCUAGAGCGAGAGGCCAUGAGUGGCUCGAUCUGCGAUCCGCCUGCCGGCCCCUCCAAGCACAAAACCCACUGUAAACAGAGUUUUAGGGAGGAGCCACUGCGCCUGCCAAGGACGCAGAGACUCCGUGAGUAAUUCUCUUGGGAAAACAAGUGCCGCGCCUCCACGGCAGGAGCGUGCCGCUAACCAUACCUGCCAGCCCACGAGACACACGACAGGUUGCCCUGCCAUGCUGCCCACUGAUGGCAUCUGGAGCUCCCAGCACAAAGGAACUCAGGGCACAAGAUAAAGAGCUGCCAUGUGGAGCUGUGGCCCACUCAACAGCACAGGGGCCGAGGAGCCGCUGUGCCAGGACCUGCACCGCGGGCUGUGGGUUCUCUCACUGCUCUCCGUGGUGGUGGGCGUCCCCGUGGGCCUCGGCUACAACGCACUGCUCGUGCUGGCCAACCUGAGCAGCACACGCAGCAUGACCAUGCUGGAUGUGUACUUUGUGAACAUGGCCACGGCUGGCCUGGUUCUGGCCAUGCUAGCCCCCGCACACCUCCUGGGGCCCUCCCACUCCGGGUGGGCGCCAUGGAGCCUCAGCAGUGAGGCCCAGGUGACGCUGCUGAUCCUGUUCCACGUGGCUGCCCUAGUGACCAUGUACUCCACGGCCCUGCUCAGCCUGGACUACUACAUCGAGCGGGCCGUGCCGCACAGCUCGGUGGCCAGCGUGUACAACACACGGCACGUGUGCGGCUUCGUGUGGGGUGGGGCGCUGCUCACCAGCUUCUCCUCCCUGCUCUUCUACGUCUGCAGCUACGCAUCCUCCCAUGCCGUUGAGUGCGCCGAGAUGCAGAGCACGGAGGCCGCUGACGCCAUCCUGGUGCUCAUCGGCUAUGUGGUGCCCAGCCUGGCCAUGCUGUACGCGCUGGCCCUCAUCUCCCAUGUCCGAAAGGAGGACACGCCCCUGGACCAGGACGUGGGCCGCCUGGACCCCGCAGUGCACAGGCUCCUGAUGGCCACCGUGUGCACGCAAUUUGGGCUCUGGACACCUUACUACCUGAGCCUCCUGGGGCACACGGUGCUGGUCUCGCGAGGGAGGCCCACGGACGGGCACUACCUGGGGGUCCUGCAUGUCGCCAGGGACCUGUCCAAGUUCCUGGCCUUCUCAAGCAGCUCGGUGACACCCCUGCUAUACCGCUACAUGGACAAGACCUUCCCUGCCAAACUCCAGCGCCUGACAAAGAAAGUGCACUGUGGGCGCCAGCGCUGCUCCUCAGGGGCCAUGGAGCAGGCAUAGGGACCCAGCCGGCCAUGGUGCAGGCACAGGGGCAGCCAGGGGCCCAGUCCCUGGACACAUAGCACAGCACUCUCGGUGACACGCUGCAGGCCCUCACUCCCUGCCUUGGUCUCAUGGCCUGGGAGAUGGACACCCAUGAGCAGAACUGAGGUUCACCUAGACGCACAGCACUUUGUCAUCUGACACUGGGAUGCCUUCUCCCCAGGACAUGCAGUGGUGCAAGAACAGCACAGGGUUGUUUUUUCUGUUUCCUGUGUUUUUCCCAAAAUGCUGAGUACAGAGCGGGCACCUCUCGCUACCCUCCCUGCUUGUCCCCGGGACACGUGCAUCUCUCCCUCCCUGGAGAGGGUUCUCAAGCCCCCUCAGCAGCAGGCUUUCUAAAUGAAGUGAUGAAAACCCAAAGCCAUAUUUAUACUUGACACUGUCACAGGACUUGACUCCCUCUUUUCUAUUGAGAUGUUUGACAAAAAAUGACGAGUAUUAAGAUGAAGGAAACAGUGCGGGGAAUGUGGGUGUCACUGCCACCUGGCGCCACUCAGAGAGACAGAGACAACUAAGGAGCACUGUCCCUGCUCCCCAUGGAGAGCGGCAGCACAGACCUGACCUUGCCAGUCAACUCCCAGAGUGUGCACACAGCUAAAGAGCAUAAAUAAACCAGAGUCAGACACCACCAAGGCGAAGGCCUCCCCAGGUAACCGAGGACCAGCACCCAUCCUGAGGGGCUCUGACCGGUCCAUUUCACGUGGGGCUGCACCUGCAUGUUGGGGGUGGCGGUGAGAGUGGGGGGCAGUGCAGGUGAGGCCCAGCCUGGAGGUGACCGCAGUCCAGGCCAAUCAUGCCUCAUCCACCUCACUCUGACCUUCGAGGGCCCCACACUGGUAAACAUCUACUUUAAAGCGUGGGUGUGGCAAGGCCCUAUUCCUCCACCCAGUUCUCCGGGGCUGGGUCACAACCACAGUCCCCGGACCUGGCUCUGAAGACCUCCCUGUGUGACCCCUGAGCCGUUCCUUGUCACCCCCUCCCGUCCCAGCAGACGCUGGGGAUGUCACUCACAAUGCCUGUGACACAUUUCCUUGUGAACACGCCUGCCCCAGGGCCACCAGCUGGGGCUCUGCACGCUUUGGCCUUGCUGCACAGGGACCUCAAGUUCUGGCCUUGGUGCCGGCAAGUUCUGUAGCUUUAUUUAUUGAAUGCAGACUGCAUCUUCAAUCAUGUCCCUCCCGAGUGCAUCUGCCCGUGAGGAAUUAACUAUAAAAUGCGCUGAUGCUCCUUGCCCCUCGAGCCGUGACAGCCUGGGCCAGCCCAGGGCCUUGCCUGUGACCCACAGGGUGAACCGCACACCAGUUUUCUGCGCGGCUCUGACUGUGAACUAAGGCACACCACUGUUAAAGCCGCAUGCCUGGCUUCCCUCCCUUCUCACGCACAGGGCUGGUGGAGGGUCAGUCGGUCACACGCCAGUCGGCUUCCCAUCCGGACAGCCCAACUUAACCAACAACCUGGACCCCCAGACUCCAGCCCCAACAGCCUGCGUGGAGCUGGUGGCUGCUGCAACAUGUCCACAGCACCCCUUACCACAUUGCCUGCUCCAUUCGUCCUGGUCUUACCGCGUGGUCUGACCCGAUUCUGCCAUGUGGGGAGCAUGUGCGCGUGCAGAUGGGAACCCAGCUACUCACGGAAAACACGGCUGUGGGGAAGCCAGGGUGCUCAGCGCCCCACUUCUUCCCAGGCUGGACACAGGGCUUUCAAAGCCACGUGUCUCAGGGUCUUCAGCUGUGCUAGCAACACUGCCUGACGACUGCAAUUUAAAACACACGAUCCUGCUUUAUUAAUCCAUGAGAAAGCUUGCCCUGCUUCCUUACUCGGGACUCCACAAGGUGAGUUUAACCUUGGAUUUGCAGACUGUGCAGUCCACUGCAGGAAACCAGGCCUGUGCUGGCUGUGGCCAAUGUACCAAGAGCCACAAACACUGCUGUUACAAAAAGCACUUGGCAAAGGGCGAGGCGGGGAAUAAGUGAAGGAGUUACAUUGCACGUCACAGUCUGCAUUUAAACCCAGUUGAAAGUGUGGGUCUUGUCACGUAACCAUGGAUCCCCCGGGGCUGGACCUUUUGCUUGAAGUUCUGUGAAUGUGAAAACAAAACUGCGGGGAGCAGCUUGACCGAGGCCUAACUUACCUCACGCCUUUCACCCAAUACCAAAUCUAUGGAAGCUGCAAUCCUCCUGCCUCAACCUCCUGAGCGCUGGGAGUACGGGUGUGUGCCACCACAUCUGGCUUCUGAUUUCUGAAUUUUUAAAACAUGUAUUUCUAGGGAUGUGUGACAGACCACACAGUGCCAUAAAAUUGGUGCUUCCCUGGCAAUUUAAGCUUCUAGUUUUUAGUUUCUGUUGCAGUCUGUCUUUGCACGUGCCCCUGAGGGGACUCCGGUUAGCAGCCUUGAGUGUGGAGAGGGCGAAGGCAUCACUGCCCAGUCCCCACUCUUCCCUGGUGGGGAAUAAAAUUCCCGCCUGUGCCCAGGGCUUCCGGGGCCUGGGGACAGGCUUCCCCACAGGCUCCUGGCAAAUGCAGGAGGACUCAUCUGGCCCCCAUCCUCUGCACACAGGAAGUGCUGGGCAAAUCUGAGAAAUGAAGGAAAUGCGACUGUAUGGGAGGGGCAUGUAACUUGGAGACCCAGCUGAUGUUAAUAAAGAGCCUGCAGCUUGGAGAACCCGUGUGCGGCCUGCUUCUGUGAAUGGACGUGGUGCUGGGUGCGUGGCUCUCUCAGGAUCUCACUCCUGACCCGCCUCAGCUCACAACAAGGCCACUGCAACUCAGGAUCUACAGGGUCCGUUAGAUGGAGCUCAGUAAUGCCAGCUCCUGUCUAUCAGCAUGCACUGCAGCCU